CAGUGUUUCAGUCUCCAGUUUCUACUUCUGCUUGAAGGUUCAGGGUACUGAAGAGAAAAUGAACGCAAUAACCCGAAGCUGUGUCCUCUUUUUGUGGAUGCAUACAUUCAUCUUUGUGAAAAGUCAAGAGUGUACACUUAAACAGUUUUUAGAGGGCCCCUAUUAUGAUUCAAAUUUUGACACAAGUGAUCUGGAGGCCAGCUACCCUGGCGGAAGACAAGUGAGAGUGAGCUGCGUUGUUGGCUACAGUGGCUUUUUCAGAAUCCUCUGUGUUGAGGGACAAUGGCAGGCUAAGGGCAAUAAAUGUCAACCAAAAUCAUGUGGUCAUCCUGGCGAUGCCCAGUUUGCAGAUUUUCAUCUGGAUAAGGGAGAGGAUUUUGUCUUUGGGUCAAAAGUUGUAUACACCUGCCACAAAGGUUAUCAAAUGGUCAGUCGCACAAACUACCGGAAUUGCAUGGCUGGAGGCUGGAAUGGUGUUGUUCCUGUCUGUGAAGCCCAACAGUGCCCAGUGAUUCAUGUGGACAAUAAAGUCCAGGUGAUUGGGGACCUAGAGGAAGCAACCUAUGGCAAUGUAAUUCGAUUUAGCUGCAAGUCCAACAAUGACAUGCUGGUUGGGACUCGUGAGAUGUACUGUGAUGAAACUGGAGAGUGGAUUGGCAAAGUUCCUACAUGCCAAGGGCCUGUGUGGAAUCCUAUCUUUACUUCUGCCCCUGUUGUGUGGGUGGUGUGGGGUCCUGUGGUAGUCAGCUGUGGGUCUGCCUGCGACCCCAUGACCUCGUCCAUGUCGGGGCCUAUCAACCUCCACCAUGUUCCCACCCGAGUGUGA